AUGGCUAACAGUGUGACCGUCAACAAAAAGACUACGAAGCAUACCUUCUCUUGCAGUUUCUACCGUGAGGAUAUAACACCUUUGGUUCGAUUGGGCACCCGAGUUACUGGGCAAAAUCUGGAUGAAUUCAGAAAGACUUAUGGCCACAUUCUGCUUAUGUUAACUACUCGUAUUGAUGAGUGGGGUCUCUACACUCUUCUUCAGUUUUAUGAUUCUGAGCUGCGCUGCUUUACCUUUCAAGAUUACCAAUUAGCCCCUACCCUCGAAGAGUAUGCACACAUUCUUCAAAUCAAAGUUCGACAUAAGGAUAACUGGAAGCCUAAUGGUGGGACCCAUGGAUUCUAUGUGAAAUUUCUGAUGAGGGAAGCUGAAACCCUUGCUGAUAAGGAAAAGUGGAAAGAAUUCAAUGCUCUCCUGGCCGUCAUGAUCUAUGGAUUAGUGAUGUUCCCGAAUAUUCCAAAUUUUGUUGAUCUCACUGCCAUUUGUCUCUUCAUGGAUCAAAAUCCUGUACCCACUCUGUUGGCCGACACUUAUUAUGCCAUCCAUUCUAGGUAUGGAAAAAAGGGAUCAGUUGGGGGUUGUUUGCCAAUACUGUACGAAUGGUUUUCUUCACAUUUGCCUAAAAGCGGAGCAUUUGUCACUACAAGAGAUUCACAAAAGUGGCCCCAAAGGAUUAUGGGACUUACUGCAAAUGAUAUCGUUUGGUAUCACCUCCGAACGGACAUCGAGCAAGUUAUAACCAGAUGUGGAAGUUUUGGCAAUGUUCCUCUCAUAGGGACAAAAGGAGUUAUCAACUAUAAUCCGAAGCUAGCACUGCGCCAGUUGGGUUUUGUACUAAAGGACAAGCCUUUGGAUAAAGAGAUAUUUGAGUCCGUUUGUUUUGAAAAAGGAACCGAUCCAGAAGGUUUGGAGAAAGUAAGGAGUGCGUGGAACAAAAUUCAUACAGAAGACCGAACUACCUUGGGGGGAAAGAAUGCCAUUGCUAAGAAAGCUUAUACUGAAUGGGUUGAAGAAAGAGUUAAGGAGCGCCUGCUGCCUUUCCCGAAGGUUAGCCCUCUAUAUGAACAACCACCUGAGAUUUUAACUGCCACUGUACCAGCUGAGGAGUACAACCAAGUACAUGUGGAGAAUAUCAGGUUGCGAGAAAAAGGGGAAGACGCUAAAAUAAAGUACUUCUUGGUGGAUCAGAAAAGGGCUGAAUUAGCACAUGAGAGGGUAGCAAUCAAGAAGAAGCUUGAAGAGGAAAUUACUCAAAGGUUAGCCGUGGAGACACAACUCAAAGGUAGUCAUCUCCGUUCCGCUCGACUAACAGAAGAGAAUGCAAAGCUCAGAAACCAGAUAGCAGAAAUGGAAAGUACAUCUGAAAAGAAUACCCUCCCUGAUUGCAAAGGAUGUGAGAGCUUGGUGGCCCACUGUGAUAUGUUAGAUGGGCAGUUGUUUCGCAAAGAUGUGGUGAUUCAAAGUUUUGUCAAAGGAAGAGACCGAGAAGUGACUAAGAAGAUGUUCGAUGAAACUAAGAAGUGGAGCGACGAGCACUUUAAACAAGGAGGACCCUUGUUUUACACCCAGAUGGAUUAG